GCCAACGGCGAGAGCGGAUGGACGCUGGCGGGGUGGCACCGCCCGGCGGGGCGGGUGCUGGAAGGGGCGGUGGCGGCCACCGCCCCUUGGAGGGACCUGGUGGGGAGCGGUGCGGGCGGACAGCGCGGAGCCAGCUCUUGCCCUGCUUUGCCGGAGGCUGUUACCAUGACACUGACUAAAGGCUCCUUCACCUACUCCAGCGGGGAGGAGUACCGCGGCGAGUGGAAGGAAGGUCGCAGGCACGGCAUUGGGCAGCUGACGUUUUCCGACGGCACCGCCUACGUGGGGCACUUUGAGAACGGGCUGUUCCACGGCUGUGGAGUGCUCACCUUCUCUGACGGCUCCAGAUACGAGGGGGAGUUUGUGCAGGGCAAGUUCAAUGGCGUUGGAGUCUUUACACGCUGCGACAACAUGACCUUUGAGGGCGAGUUCAAAGGCGGGCGCGUGUACGGCUUCGGUCUCCUGACUUUCCCUGACGGCUCCCACGGGGUGCCCCGCAACGAGGGCUUCUUUGAGAACAACAAGCUGCUGCGGCGGGAGAAAUGCACAGCCAUCAUCCAGAGGGCCCAGGGUGCCUCCAAGUCUGCCCACAACCUGACAGCAUGACGGUGCCCCACAUCCCCUUCCACCAGAGCAGGGACCCCUCUACUUGGGCACUGGCUGGCCCUGCUGGCCCUGGAGCAGGGAUGUGGCACUGCUGGGUGCCUCCUUGCCCUUUGUCCCCACCAAGCAUCCUCCUGCCAAACCCCUGCUGCUGGAGGGGAUGGGACCCUCCGCUCUCCACCCAAGUGCCCUGGGGCAGCCAUGGUGCCUUCUCUUUCUGGCUGUAGCCCUGGCACCUGCUGGAGCAGCAGGAGGGCAGGGUGGUUGGAGCUUGGCCUCUCUGUCUCCCAGAAAGACUGUGGACCACUAGGGCUGCAAACCUGCUGCAGAGGAUGGAGCAGUGGGACAGGGGCUGGUCCCUGACCCCACUGCCAGGGUGCCUUGGCUGGGAGCUGCUGGCUGGACAAUGUGCCCCCAGAGGGGCAGUUCCUGGCUCACUUCGCUGCCCUGGUCUGGAGGCAGGAUGGGUACCCUGGGCACGCUGUGGUCUGUACCCUCAGUUCUGGGUGACUGGCCAUCCCCCUGCAUGCCCUGGGUAGGGUGGCAUGGUGUCCCGGAAGAACCCAGCCUGCUCUCGAGGCCAGCCGAUUCCCCUCAUCCCUGUGCUAAUCCGCCUCACCCACUGCCUUGGCGACACCAGCAGCAGCAUCCCCACCAAGGGGGAUGGGGAGAUGCCCAGCCUGGCUCAUAUCUGCUGCAUUCUGGUGGAGGGUGGGAGCAAGGAGCAGGGUCAGCCUGGUAUGAGGGUCACAAGCAGGGCUGAGUGGGGUGGCAGGACUGGAGCAGGGGGCCUGGGCAGGGUGGAAGGGUAUAGAGGCAUGGCGAAGGGGCAGGCAGGGGGAACACAGCUCCCCAUUUUGCCCUCCACAUGCAUCCUUCAUCUCUCUGCUGCAUGCUCACCUUCACCCCGGUGUGGUCCGGCUGGCUGUGGUGCAGGGGUCCUGGAAGCCCUCACUGCCUGGUGCGGGGCCGCAGGGGCCAUACCCUCCCUGCCGGUCUCUGCCCACACCGGUCCCGUGCCUUGCCGUGACCCUGCCUUGUGCUGCUGCCUGCACAGGCCUCAGCUGAGUAAACCAUGUUGCCAAA